UACACGCGGAAACGCGGAUCUAGUUGUGGAAGGAAAACAUUUACCGAGUGUCUUUAAAAAUUAAAACGGUUUGCUGUUUGUGUCUACAGUUUUGCUGCUCUGUCCACUUAUUGUCUGAAUAGAUUUUAUUGAGUGUUAAAUCGAGAUGGGAAAAGCGGAUUUCCUCUCUCCAAAAGCUAUUAGUAAUCGAAUAAAAGCCAAGGGUCUACAGAAACUGAGGUGGUAUUGUCAGAUGUGCCAAAAACAAUGCAGAGAUGAGAACGGCUUCAAAUGCCAUUGUAUGUCUGAGUCACAUCAGAGGCAGCUGCUUUUGGCCUCAGAAAAUCCUUCCAAGUUUAUGGACUACUUUUCAAAUGAAUUCAAACAUGAUUUUCUUGAGUUGCUUAGAAGACGUUUUGGAACCAAACGUGUGCAUAACAACAUUGUGUAUAAUGAGUACAUCAGUCAUCGAGAGCACAUCCACAUGAACUCUACUCGAUGGGAAACUCUAACAGAUUUCACCAAAUGGUUGGGAAGAGAAGGGUUGUGUAAGGUGGAUGAAACUCCUAAAGGCUGGUAUAUUCAAUAUAUCGACCGUGACCCAGAGACUAUUCGGCGGCAAGAGGAACUGGCUAGGAAGAAAAAGCAUGACUUGGAUGAUGAAGAGCGCAGUGCACGUUUUAUAGAAGAGCAGGUCCGAAGAGGUCGUGAUGGUAAAGAGGAGGAUGAUACACCAGCUUACACUGAGCUGAAAAGAGAGAAUGAAGAAGAGAAAGUGGCAUUUAACCUUGGAGCCACUUCAUCUGUGGCUGGACCAUCAAAGUCAAGUUCUUUACUGGGUGAAAGUGCACUGAAAGCAACAGCAGCAUCAACCAAAAGAAAAGACAUGUCCUGCAGUUCAAGCUCCAAAGAAGGCAAAAGGAAAAAAUCUGCUCUUGAAGAGAUCAAAGAGAUGGAAGAGCGGAGGAGGCAGAAACAGGAACCAGUAAAAACUGAUUACUGGUUACAACCUAACAUCAUUGUCAAAGUCGUUACUAAAAGACUGGGAGACAGGUACCAUAAGAAAAAGGCUGUUGUGGUGGAAGUGAACGAUAAAUAUACAGCUGUGGUAAAGAUGGUCGACUCAGGAGACAAACUGAAACUGGACCAAAAUCAUGUCGAGACAGUCAUACCUGCACCAGGCAAAAGGGUAUUGAUUUUGAAUGGUAAAUACAGAGAAACGGAAGCAAUUUUAGAAGGGAUAGAUGAGAAAAACUUCAGUGCUACGCUAACACUUGACUCGGUAAGUCACUGUGCCUGUGCCUUUACUGAAAAGAAAUCACUGCAUUUGUCAAAUUAUGUAUGCAAUAUGUAGUGCAAUUAUGGCUAUAGUAUCAUGAAAAGGCAUCGUAACAUUGUCUUUGUUCCUUCUAGGGUCCACAGAAGGGGCGGACAGUGGAUAACAUUGCUUAUGAGGAUUUCUCCAAACUGGCCUGAUGACUGGUACAUUGGUCUUUUUGAGGCCCAGAAAGUGUAGGAGUCACUCUACUGUGUCAGAGUUACAACCUCAAACCUUUCUUUGUAUAUUUUAAUAUCCCACAAUGCUUAUUUCAGAUUAGAAAGUAUUUAGGAAAAUAUUUCCUUUUUUUUUUAAAUAAAGGAAUUAUUAAAUUUUGA